UUUCACAAUUAAAUAAAACACUGAAUGGCAUUAAUGAAGAGGAUUUUUAUCUCAAGACAACAGAGCAAAAAUGGAGAAUGAUUUUUGAUGUACCUGGAGCUACAAAAAAAUACAAAAACUUGUACCGGAUCGUCAGUGCAGCUAUUUCGAUUCCAGUUUCAAAUGCAUUUAUAGAACGCAUCUUUUCAAUGGCAAGUAUUCCAUGGACGAAAGAAAGAAACUUGCUUGAGGUUAAGACUAUGUAUUAUCGUGAUAGCCGUGUUGAUGAAUGUAAGGAUGAUUGGAAGAAAUUGGCAAAUAUGGAUGAUACUAAACAGGAAUUUAUAUUCCCUCCACUAGGGAUUAAGCCAAAAGUUUUUGUCAAUCACCAUUUUGGUUUAAAUUCUAAACUUCCUAUGGCUCAAUUCAACAAAGGUACAACAACGUUAGCAUUUCAUUACAAACCGAAGACUCCGAAUGACAAAGGCGGUGUUGUGAUUUCUGUCGACUCUAGAGCUUCUGGUGGAAGUUUUAUUAUGUGUAAGGACGUCAAUAAGAUUUUGCCAAUUAAUGAAAGAAUGGUUGCAACAAUGGCUGGUGGUGCUGCAGAUUGUCAAUAUUGGAUUAGUGUAGUUACUAGAUAUUGCAAUUUGUUUGAACUUCGUGAAGGAAGGCCAAUAACUGGUUCGAUGGUUGCCGGUUAUGAUCAUAAAGGGCCCUCCAUUUAUUUGGUUGACAGCUCUGGAAUGCGUUGUAAAGUGCCUGAUUUUGUUUCUGUUGGUUCUGGGUCAUUAAAUGCUUAUGCAGUUUUGGAUAGCCGUUAUAAAGAGGAAAUGACAGAUGAGGAGGCUAUAAAGCUUGGGAGAGAAGCAAUUAUGCACGCAACCUAUAGAGAUUCUGGUUCUGGAGGAUCUAAUCAGGUACUUCUUAUUACGAAAGAAGGUAAAACGAAAUUUCCACUUAUGGAUGUUAGCGAUAUGUAUUAUGACUUUGCUAAAAGUAAAGGAAUUGAUAUUUACAAAUUAAUGGAUAAAAUGAAUUGA